ACCCCUUUGGGGAAAAUGGUGGAAGUUUGUAUUCAACAUUUCUUAUUUCUUUCUUUGAAGGUGGAUUGGUUUCCAAUUUGUUUGUUGAUUUACUAUGAAAUUCACCAGUCACACCAUGUGUGGACAUCAAACUCAGACUAACCUGAUUUGGCUUUUUAGGUUACUUUUUUCGUGCAUACGCAGAUUGGACCUAUAGAAACUUCAAUGAUGGUCAAACGAGGAAAUAGAAACAUAAGUGAUAGCUUAUCUCCUGCAGUUUCCUCAUUAACACCUGGGUUUCCUAAUAACCCAAGUGACAUGGCAUCUAGAGAGUGCAAAUAUACUUCAUAGGAAGCGACAUAGCUAAGGACAAUGGGGAGUAACUGUCCAACUGGUUGGUCUAUUAUUUUCCAUCCUUAGAUGUAAUUCUUUUUGUGCGUGCAUCUGUGCGGAUGUAGUCAAAGCUUUUUGUUGUCCUCACCUUGGUAACAAUUGCUUACUCUGCUCACUCCAUUAUUAUUGUGAAUAUUGUGUAAGCCUUAUAGAUUUAUGGUUUCAAUGAUAGUUAGCACUUUGCAGGAACCAAUGACUUUAUUUUCCCAUUACCAACAUAACUAAUGAUGAUUUGGAAUGCAAGCUUUUUUUCCUUAUUUUAGUUUAUUUACAGCAAUUAGGGUCUUGAGAUGAACUUUAGAUAAGACAAGUCUGCAGAGAAUGCUGAGUUUUGGCUAGGGCUGCUAAAUGGUCGAGUCACAAGUUAGCUUGACCUAAACUCAACUUGUUUGCUAAACAAGCUCGACCAUGAUUUUGAUCACUCAAGUUUAUGUCGCUCUUGCUAGCCGUGUGUUGUGUGGGCGAUGUGAAUGGAGAUGGCUUAAGUGCAUUGACAGUUAAAAUUUAAAAACCUCCAUUGCAGCUACAGUAUAUUUUAUCUGGAUGGUAUUUAAGAAACAACAGUCUUUACA